UGGGAGGGACCGGAGCGGCGAAGGAUCGCAGGAUUGCCCCAGCUGUUGUUCGCUGGUGUUUUAGUUCGGACCGCAAACCGGAAAACAUGUCCGGGACGACCGGGCUGUGAAGCGGGCUGACAGCAAGAGGAGGAGUGUCACUGCAUACCUCAGCCAGCUGAAGGUUUUUGGUGGUCGGAGAGAGAUGGACUCGUUAAAGAAGGAGCUGGAGGAAGAGCUGAAGCUCAGCACCGAGGACCCGAGGAGCCAUGCAUGGUACCACGGACCACUGACCCGAGAGGCUGCAGAGUCUCUGUUUGAGAGGGACGGAGACUUCCUGGUCCGAGACUCAAGCUCUGCCCCUGGUGACUAUGUUUUGAGCUGCUUCUGGAAGAACGGGCCCAUGCACUUUAAGAUCAUACGAGUGGUCCUUCGUCCCAAAAAGGGCUACUCUCGGGAGCUGUUCCAGUUUGAGGAGGAUCGCUUUGACAAUGUUCCCGCUCUGAUCCGGUUCUACGUGGGCGGCCGUCGGCCAAUCUCCCAGGCAUCAGGUGCUGUGAUCUUUCACCCAAUCACACGGACCCUUCCUCUGCGUGUCAUCAUCGAGCAGCAUGCGGAGCCCAAAGGCAGCAGCGGCGGCGGCAGCGGUGGCGGCGCGGGGGGAGAAAAGCGCACUGAACCCGACAAAAGACGCAGCUUCAGCUCCACGUACACUGACGCACUGCAGGGCAUCAAUCCGCUGCUAAGGAGCGGAAGUCAGCCUGCUAACUUGGAGAAUGUGGGACGGAGGCCUUCGCUUCAGUCUGCGCAGUCUGACAGUAACCUACGAACAGGUGUUCCACUGACCACUCCGUCAGAGGACACCGGCCCCGCCCCCAUCUCCCCAGUGUUUCGCACAGGCAGCGAACCCCUGCUGAGCCCACGACCACGACACACUCGCCCGUCCCAUCCAGGUGGCGGCGUAACUUUACGAGGCUCGGAUGGACAGCUGCACCCCAGAGCUCCCCCUAAACCUCUCAGGGUCUCUGCCGUUUUCCCCAGUGCCAUGUUUCCUCCACCCACGGACUCAGACGAAGACCCCACCUCUUUCUACACUGAGCUUGUCAUCCAGGUGCCACAUUCCCGACGGAAGGGCCACGUGGACCGAUUACGUGCAGAGGAGAAGUGGCAGAGCCGUGCCCGCCUCACAGAAACUUCCUUUGACUUCCUGGAGGCCCAGAAGAACGAGGCAUCAUCACAGCUGCUGUUUGACAAAGAGCUGCAGAGGAAGGCGGCUGAGGAAGUGGAAGAUUGCCAUUUUGAACGGCCACAUGUGGAGUCGGUGUCAUGUUUCCAGCUGGAUCAGUUUGAGUCGCUGCUUUUACCGGAGAACAACCGACCUCUGGAGCCCAGCGUCCUGCUCGUGGUCAAGGAGCUCUUCAACAGCUCGGACUCCAACACCACCGCUCUGCACAUGCUCAGUGUUGACUGCCAGGUAGCACGAAUUGUUGGGGUGACGGAUGAGCAGAAGAGGAUUAUGGGAGUUGGAUCGGGGCUGGAGCUUGUGACUCUGCCACAUGGACACCAGUUACGACAGGAUUUGUUGGAAAGGCAUCAUCUAAUGGCACUGGGAGUUGCCGUGGACAUCCUGGGCUGCACGGGGACCGUGAGCCAGAGGGCGACUGUUUUACAUAAAUUAAUCUUAUUGGCUCAGGCCCUGAAAGAGCACGCCCACAACCUCUACUCCUUCUCAGCCGUGAUGAAGGCUCUGGAGAUGCCUCAGAUAGUGCGACUGCAGAUGACGUGGCGAGCGCUGAGGAGGAACCACACAGAGAGUGCAGUUUUAUUUGAAAAGACACUCAAACCCUUCAUGAACUCGCUGAACGAUGGAGACGAUUCUGUGGUUCAGGGUGCCAUAGCCAUGCCGCACCUUGUGCCUCUGCUGAUGGUGAUGGAGGGCGAGGACCCGGUCGAGAACAGCGAGCGAGGCUGUCAGCUUCUCUACGAUGUUCUUCAAUCAGCUCGCAGUAAUGCGCUACACGCCCAGGAUUAUCAGAAGCAUGCACACACUCUGCUCACAGGAGGCUGGGAGCCAAUCCCUGAGCUGCUGGAGGCUUUCCGGACAGAGUUCGCCCUGCGGCUGCUCUGGGGUCAGUCAGGUGCAUUGGCCGACAGAAAUGAGCGCUACGAGAAGUUCGACAAAAUUCUGUGUGUUCUCUCCGAUAAACUGGAACCCGUGGAGAUCACCCCACAACAACCUGAGCAGCAAGACCAGUUUCACUAGGUGAAAGGCGAAAUCAGCAAGUGAAGAUGAAAAAGGGACGUUUUUUGUUGCAUUCUGGUGUUUCCUGGUGGCAAGGGCAGACAUCUGCCCCCUAACAUCGCAGACAGAGGGAGAAGUAAUUUUUUCCUUUCCUUGCUGAGAUGUGAGUGACUGUUUGUCUAGCUUGUCAUGUGACAACUUGACUUGUAUAUAAAUUUUAUCUGUAAUGUGCGGACAGACCUUUAUUGUGAAAAGGGCUGUGUUUGAUUCAUUUUCCUUUUUAGAGGAAAAAUCUGACAUUGUUUACCCAAAAACUUGCAUCUGUUUACUUUUCCAAAUGUGUGUUUCUGAUACUCAGAUACUGGAGGCUCCAAAAGACCAGCAUGAACAUUAAUGAACGUUAUUAAAACUAAGUUAGCUCCCUUUGUACAUGAACUGCUGCUGUAAGGGACCACACUGGAAAUUGUUUGGGUUUUUUUUUUUUCA